CCUUUCCUCCUUCACCGACAAACAUCAACAUUUCCUGAAACUAUUCAACCAAUUUCGAAUGCCCAUUCCCUUUCCCCAAGAGCCCAAAAAGAAACGAAAGGAAAUUAUCUCCCCCAUCAAUUGAAUCCCUUCACAGCUGUUCCACGGCCUUCAGACCGCAAAAUUCCGUUAUAUUCUCCAAUCUUAUCCACCGCUCUCCCUAAUCAGUGACGGAGUCCUCCAUUCCACCGCUGUCAUCCGAUCGCGAAUGAUAUUUUUCGAUUCCAAUGGUAAACAUUAUGCAAUAAUUCAAGGAAAUUUCGAAGCGUCAGUGGCAUAUGUUCCAGAGACAGCAGUGAUAAUUGCUAUUGCCUCCACGUCUUCGGAAUAUCCGCGACGCACCAACACUUGAUGACAGCGCGUGUAUGUUUGGGGUCGAUUGUCAAAGGUAUCUUGGUGGAACGCAACAUUAUCUGUUUUUCAACAAUCAUGUCAACGACCAAGGCCUCGUCGAAUGCUGCGUACAGCGUUGAUCUGGGAGGAAUGAGGAUCAAAUACAAGGACAAGUCUGAGACUUUUACCGAGGAUCAGCUGGACUGCAAGGAGCCCUUUGGGCAGUUUAAGGCUUGGUUCGAUGCUGCAUGCAAAUUACCCAGUAUUCAAGAGCCUAAUGCUAUGGUUCUGGCGACUGCUACGAGGGAUGGAAUUCCUUCAGCGAGACCAGUUCUCCUGAAAGGUUUCAGCACUCAAGGAUUUAAAUUCUACACAAAUUACGAGAGCCGAAAGGGUCGUGAGUUGGCAGAUAAUCCCAAUGCAGCUCUGGUAUUCUUCUGGGAGCCUCUGAGACGAACGGUGCGCAUUGAAGGGCGGGUCGAGAAAACCUCCGAGGAAGACUCGGACAUAUAUUUCUCGACGAGACCAUUCCCCAGUCAGAUUGGGGCACACGCGAGUAAACAGAGUGCACCAAUUGCUGGACGCGAUACAUUGAUGAUUAAGGAGAGGGAACUGCUCGCACAGUUUCCAGAGGGCAAAGUACCCAGACCUCCUUGCUGGGGAGGUUUCAUCGUCAUUCCCAAGUCCGUGGAAUUCUGGCAGGGCCAGAGUGAUCGCCUCCACGACAGAAUUCGCUUUCGUCGGCCCCAUCCGAACGAAAAAAUCGACAAUAUCCUAGUUCACCAGGGGGAGGACGGAUGGGUCUUCGAGAGACUGUCGCCUUGAGCGCAUUGUUCGCCUAGUUGAAAUUUGUUAUUAGUGGAAUUUAUUUAUUUGUACGGGCAAUAGCGAACAAUCACUGCUUCAGUCUCGUUAACUUCAGUAUCUCUCGUUGUAAGCCUAGAAAAAAUUUUCGCUGGUGUUGAUGAUUAAAAGGUUUAUGGGGAUUAUCGAA